AUGACUUCUAUCAUCAAGUUGGAGGCACUUUCUGGAGUGCAGGACGAUGGGCCAUUGUGCUACCUCUUACAGGUUGAUGAAGUGUUUUUUUUGUUGGAUUGUGGUUGGGAUGAACGCUUCGAUAUGGCUUAUAUAGAAGCAGUGAAGCGUCGAAUACCAAGAAUUAAUGCUGUUUUAUUGUCCUAUGCUGAUAUUCUUCAUCUUGGUGCUUUACCUUACCUUGUGCGCAAAUGUGGUUUGAAUUGCCCGGUUUAUGCUACGGUACCAGUAUAUAAGAUGGGGCAAAUGUUUUUAUAUGACUGGGUGAAUGGUCAUACAAGUGUUGAGGAUUUCACACUGUUUAAUUUGGAUGAUAUUGAUGGUGCUUUUGAACGGGUGCAACAAGUCAAAUAUAGCCAAACGAUCUUAUUGAAAGGUGCGAAUGGCUUACAAAUAACUCCCUUACCAGCUGGUCAUAUGAUUGGUGGUGCAAUAUGGCGAAUAACAAAAAUGGGUGAUGAAGAAAUUGUUUAUGCUGUCGAUUUUAAUCAUAAAAAGGAAAGACAUCUCAAUGGAUGUAGUUUUGAAGGGAUUGGUCGUCCGAAUUUGAUGAUAACGGAUGCGUUCAAUGCAGUAUAUAAUCAGCCAAGGCGUAAGCAAAGAGAUGAGCAAUUGGUGACGAAGUUAUUGGGAACGGUGCGUGACGGUGGUGAUGUUAUGAUCGUGAUUGACACCGCUGGAAGAGUGCUUGAAAUUGCACACCUUCUUGAUCAACUUUGGCAUAAUGCGGAGGCAGGGCUGAUGACUUACAAUCUGGCGAUGUUAAGUCACGUUGCAUCAUCUGUAGUCGAGUUCGCGAAGUCGCAGGUGGAAUGGAUGUCGGAUAAGAUUCUGAAAUCCUUCGAGGGCGGUCGUUACAAUCCGUUUCAGUUUCGUCACGUUCAGCUGUGCCAUUCAAGUUUUGAUUUAAUGCGCGUUCGCAGUCCGAAGGUGGUUUUGGUGAGUGGUUUGGAUAUGGAAUGCGGAUUCUCUCGUGAGAUUUUUUUAGAGUGGUGCUCGGAUAUAAGAAACACAGUUAUCGUCACGGGUCGAUCUGGUGAUCGCACACUUGGAUCGAAAUUGAUUCGAAUGGCCGAACAGAUGGCUGAAAAACCGUCUGCGAUGAAUCGCAUUUUAACAUUGGAAGUAAAACGAAGGAUUCGACUCGAAGGAAAUGAAUUAGAAAAUUAUCGUUCAAAAAAGAGGGAAGAGGAACGUGAAGCAGCACGUAAAAGACUGGAAGCGUCCCGUCGUAAUGCGCGUUUAGAGCAAGCGGAUUCGUCCUCAGACGACAGUGAUAAUGAUGAUACGAUGCUGGCAGUAACAGCGAAUGCGUUGAUGAAUGCUGCCGGUGGCAAUACCGCGAAAUCAGUUAACAUCACAGCAAGACACGCAUCUUUGCCCAACACCAACGAUACUAGCACACCUUUCAAUGGUUGCGGUCAUCAUUUGACUGCAUCACAGUUAGCCGAACAACGAUCGCAUGACAUUAUGUGGAAGUGGGAGCAACAGCAGAAGUCAUCGUUUUUCAAGCAAAGCAAGAAAGCAUUCCCUGUAUUUCCGUAUGUUGAGGAGAAGACGAGGUGGGAUGAUUACGGUGAAAUAAUCAGACCUGAAGAGUACAUGAUAGCUGACAACACAGCGACAGUGCCGCAUCUACCAGCCGAAAGAACUGCUGAUACGAACACGCCUGAAUCACCCGCAUCUGAAAAUGGACAAACAGUACCGCAUUAUGAAGAACGAGAAUGGCCAACGAAAUGUAUCAGUCAGAUCACUAAAAUAGAGGUGUUGUGCAAAGUGGAAUUCAUCGAUUUCGAGGGUCGGUCUGAUGGCGAUUCUGUCAAGAAAAUACUUUCGCAAAUUAAACCGAAACAAUUAAUCAUAGUACACGGCUCUUCGAGUGCUACUCGGCACUUAGCACAGUAUGCUUCUGAAAACGGUAUUGUUCAGGGUAAAAUAUUCACACCACGAUUGGGUGAGAUAGUAGAUGCAACGAUAGAAUCACAUAUUUAUCAAGUAACACUCAGUGACGCACUAAUGUCAUCUCUCAUCUUCCAAUCGGUGAAAGACGCUGAAUUGAGUUGGUUAGAUGCGCGGAUAGCUCGAAGGAAAGUGACGAAUGUACUCGAUGAGAAUGAUCCGAAACAGCUCGAUGGACAGUCAGAAAUGAUGCAAGACGACAACAACGAUCACCAAGAUGAAAGCGCACAAACUGACGAUUCUGUUGAAUACGCUGAGCGUUUGAGCAAUAAAAAAGCUGCCUCUGCUGAUACAUUUUGCUUGGAACCGAUGCUAAGCACUAAGUUACCAUCUCAUCAGGCAGUGUUUGUGAACGAUCCGAAAUUGUCUGAUAUGAAGCAGUUGCUGAUGUCGAAUGGCUACCACGCGGAAUUCAGUUCUGGUGUGCUGUACAUCAAUAAUGUGGCAAGUAUACGACGUAAUGAAGCCGGCAGAUUCCAUAUUGAGGGGUGUGCUUGUGAGGAUUACUAUAAAAUUCGUGAUAUUGUAUAUGCGCAGUUUGCUAUUGUUUGA